UUUUUUACAUUGAUUUUUUUUUCUGUCUAAAAUCAUUGUGAAAUCAGUUUCAAAUAUAAGUUUGUCAAUAAACUCAGAGUAGGUAGGAUUUGAAUUUCAUAGUAAACAUCUGAGGUGGAGGGCUGUGCGACGUGUCCUUCCGUGCAGCAGGAAUGAAUGUGACAAAUGCAGGUCACGGGUAAAGAUGUUCUGGUAUUUUUCCAGUGUCUGUGCCACUACCUCCCCUCCAGAAAUCUUGUAUAUCAGUGUGCAUGAUUUAAAGUCUCCACCAUCAACACUUCAUAUAAUGCCCGCUGCACGUGUGUCGGAUUGUCUGCAAUGGCAUUUUAACGAUGCUAAAGUCACGUAGAGACACCAAAUAAUUGCUGCUGUAGUCUGAAAAAUAACAGUGAGGUAUUGCUGUACAACUGAAAUUGAAAUUAAGAUGAAUGUGAAGGGGCUUAACUAACUAUACUAUAGCAAUAAUGAUAAUAGAUACAGACCAGAGAUGGUACCUUCCCUGUCGCUUCAUGAACAUCAGGUAUCAGGUUAGCAACAAUCAUUACAUUUUUAAUUAACUUCUUUUGUUUUCACAAAGAAUCCCAACUUUGCACCUUUUGGUUCGUCAAAUAAAUAGUAUAUUGAUAAUGUAGUCAAUGCACAUUUCACCACUUGACUAUUCAAGAAAAUAGACUUUAGAGGUUACAAUCUUCCACUGGCAACAAGAAAAGCAUCACGAGGCAGACUUCUUUAUCAGCAAAGAAGUAAUGGCAGGAAGGCUUCCCGUUGAUAAGAUAUGUCAAGUGUGUCUUAAACGUCCUUGAAAUAGAUGCAACAUGCCUCUGAAUGAACCAUCUCCUGCUGCUUAGAUAAGCAAAAUGCAAACUGACAGCUGAAAGGAGAUAGUAGCUUUUGCUUCAGAUACUUCAGGGAAGUAAAUUCAAACUUAAGACUCAAGCCAGAGAUUGUCUUUCACAUCUUUGCAUUUUAACUGUUUAUUUAUUUGAAUUUUAUGCUAACCUUGUGUGUCACUUUGCAGAUAUUGAAUUAGAUAAACAAGGAUCCAAAUGUACUCUGGGAUGGAAUAAUGACAGAAGGUGCAACAAAUCUGUCACUGUACACAAAACUUUGUCGGCCUCAUGUUGCUGUCAGUUUUUUUGACAACCUCCCCGAGACGCUCGACUAGAAGUCCCCAUGGACGCGUCACUUCCUUGCGCAGACAGCCAAAGUCAGCCGGCUCUGACAGACAGUCAGACUGUGGAUUUUGACUCGGUUAUGCACAGCCCCUCAGUAGACAAGCUGUCUGGAACGGAGACUGUGCACUGUCUUUCAGACACCACUGAUAAAUCCACACAUCCACAUGUUUCUGCAGACCCACACAGCCUAAAGUCUUUAUCGUCCAUCCAAAAUGUAUCAGAGCAGUUUUCGCUUUCCUCAGAGGCUCCACCAACGGAUAACAAUUCCAGGGUUCAGCGCUGUUUGAGCCAGUCAGGAAGGAAAUCACCUCUAAUACGUCAACUCUGUCAGGACCUCAUUUUACCUCAGUCUGAAUCUGCUUCAUCUCUUCUCAUGGAAGGACAUACUCCACCUGAAUCUUUUGGAGCUGUGUCACUCACACUUGAAGGUUUGAUGGAGCAGUCUGUCACUGUCCCCUACUCCAGUCCCAAUUUCAGCUCUGAAAACAAACCUCCAUUAUUUAGGUCGUUAUCACCUCAGUCAGACAGUUCAGAUAGCGAUAUGGCUGUAGCGCCUUUGUCAGAUCUUUAUAUCUUUGAAAGUGACACGCAGGACUUCAUUGUAAGGCCAAGUAUAGCUCCCGGUGAGAUUAAAUGUUCUGAAUACCAGCCAUUAUCACAAACAAGUGUGGAACAAGUGAACCGUGACUGCGAUAAACAUGUACUGAUGUGUGAUUCAUCAGACGUGACAGGAUGUCAUCACAGCUCUUGUGAGGAACAAUCCACAGAGAAUAAUGAGCCAGAUGUGAGUGAACACUUGGGGCUAAGAACACCUGCUGUAGAUGCUUGUGAGGAAUACUUUAUGUUUCUAAAUGAUGAGAGAGAAGGAGAAGCAGAGGUCACUGGAGCAACCCCGCAGCGCGGCAACAGCCCUAUGGAGGUCUGGCAGGACGCACAUCAGUAUCUGGCUGGUGAUGAUACAGAAGAUCGGGAUGUUUUGCAUCACUCUGUGAUCCAAGAAGCUCUCUCUCCUGCCAGUCACUUGUCGUGUUCCCCAAGAGAGACACAGGUUUCACAUUACAACCCUGAAGGUAGCAAGGGGAUUGGCUGGACGGGCGAUGACACCAAAGGUUGGGGGCCACCAAUUGAGAGGUGGUCAUCAGUAGACAGCUGGGCAAGUGCACUCUCAGAUUGGACUGGGAUCAUUGUAGCUCCAUCUGAGGACUUCACAUCAGCCUUUUCAGAAAUAGGGGCUGAAAUAGAUGCAUUGACACAGGCUCUAUCAGAGGUAAAUACUCAUACAGAAGCAGAGACUGUGAAAGAAGGACACAAUCUAGAAACAACAGCUAAGGCACAAAUGGGCGUGCAGGAUCAACCUCUAAGUGCACAAAACAUCUCAGAGAGCUCCAUCCACUCUGGGCAAGGCUGUCUCUCUUUGUGCCUCGACUCUACAGGACUUGAACCCCAUCACACAGAGGGGGCUGAAUCCUUCUGCAAUCCAACACCCACCACACAGGGAGACAAGUGCUCCCCAUCCAGAGGUGCACCUGGUACAACGGUGGCCUCUUCAGGAGAAAACACAGCAGAUGCAACUGUGGUUACACUGAUGCCUGGAUCUACUUCUGCUGAUCUGGACCUCUCUCCGUUUGAUGAAUGUGCAGAGUCCCAGGACACAGAACGUUUCAUCAUCGAUGAAAAAACCCCAGUCGUACUGAGUAUAAUAGAAGAUACAGAUUUGGACCCUCCUACAGAUUUAAUAACCAAGGAGCCCGUUGGAGAUAGACUGUGUGAAGUGACAGAUGAUCACAGGCUUGUCCAGCUGGGCUCAGUGGCCGAGCCAGAAGCUAAACUGAGCUGUGGGCGAUCUGAAGUUAAUAGGGAUGAAAACAAAUCAAUAACUGAUUUUAGUGUCCUCACCGCGGACGCUCUGACAAACUCAAACGUGCCAGGUGGAGACACACAACCUGGCCUGCAUUUUAAUGCGGACAACUGCGUGUCUAUUGGCACGUUGCCAGACCUUGAUAGAGCACGUCAGGUGGAGGCGCAGAGGGACAGUCCCACAUUUAUUAUGCCCUUAGCUCCAGUCAGUAUUGGCCCUUCCCUCAACUGUAGGACAAGCAGCAGUGUGGAAGGUGAUCAGAUUUGUUUGAAAGGCUCUCUCAAUAACAACAGUUGCAACCAAGUAAGACAGAGUGCUGUCUUGCCAACCCCGGAUGGAAUUACUAACAAAACGUCUCUGGAAGGCGGUGAGGAGUUGAUUCAUGAAAAGCAGAAUACAACAAAGACUGCUGAGAGAUCUUCACCAGAAGGACUACAAGACUUGAAAACUAGUGACACUAUAGACUCUUUCUUUUCUAGAAAGACAAUAUUUGAGGAGAUUGAUGACUUCAAUAGGGAACUAGAAAACUUCAUCCCUAUCCACGCUGAAAAUCUCUUCAUUUCAAAAGAGAAACACAUUGCAUGCAUCACUUUAGAUAUUUAUGAUCCAUUUGUCUCCAAGCCCGUAAAACCCAAAGCUAUUAAAUCGGAGAAGACUGAUCUGACUCAUAAAAAGACUGAAAAGAUGCCUCACAAAACCCACAAGAACACCUCAGAGGGAAAAACACGAUCCAAAAAGGAUAAAUCGGCCGGUCAUCAUCAUUUCACCCAACCUUCCAAAAAACAGGAAAGCAAAUGUCACCGUGUUUCUGCUCAGCAGACCUCCAACCAGCAAGAAACUCACCCUACUAUUGGAGAAAAUCAUAGCAGUGAGAACAGUCAAUCUGGACUUGAGGCCAAGGAGGCUACAUUGGUUAUUGAGACAGGUGUAACCGAGAAGGCAACAAGCAAGCCACACGGCAAGAAGAAAAAGAAACAUGGUCAGAAUACAGCGCCAGGGGAGCCACUGGCUGAAGUGGAGAAUGGAGCAAAAUCAAAGACUGCAAAAGGAAGAAUCGAGCUGUUCGAAUCUAAGUUGGGUGCCAAAGCUGGCAAAGCUCAAAAGGAAAGCGAACAGCCAGAUGUAGCCGAAAUAAAGUCCCAGCAGCAAUCGGAGGCUAAAGCGUCAGAGGGAGAACAACCUCCACAUCCCACAGACGAUAAGGGCCACCAGCCAAAGAACUUUACAAGUCCUCUGAAUGAUGAUGUGGUUAAAAGGCGACGUCUGUCAGAGGAUAAGUUUGGGAAGAUUGUGAGCAUUUUGGAGUCUAAACUACCAAAGUCAGAUGUGUCAGCAAAAGGAAAGGAAGCUGAGCUCAAGACUGAUGUUGGAGGAACUCGUAAGAAGGCGUACAGUGAAGUGGUCAAACAGAGGAUUCCACCCAAGGAAGAGCCCAAGGUGGUGAAGCCUAUACAGGCAGUGCCCGUGAGUGGUGACCCCCAGAGUCUGUGCCUGUGGUGUCAGUUUGCUGCUGUAACCUCGGCCUACACUGUGACCUGGAGCAGAGAGGGUACUGUCCUGGCUGAGAUGAAAAGAAGUGCAGGGGAUGAGAGCAGAGUGACCCUGACCAUCAGCAAUGCUUCUCACAAAGAUCUGGGCAAGUACCUCUGCCAGCUCAGCAGCUUACAUGGCUCAGUCAGCUUGGACUACCUGCUCACAUAUGAAGUGCUCAGUGAGGUUGUCAUCCCCCUGGCUCCAAAAACCAUUUCAUCUGACCCUGUUGAGGUUAGUAGUGAAGAAGAGGACGCCCAUUUCUCCAGACUCUUGUUCAAAGACGAUUUCUUAUCCGAUCAAUACUUUGGAGACAGCCAUCCUAUCAGUAUGAUCACCGAGAAGGAACACUUUGGGGAGGGCAUGCAUCGGCGGGCUUUCCGGACCAAGCUGCAUGCGGGUCAGAUACCCCUGUUACUGCCAGGUCACUCCUGUGUGCUCAAAGUGCACAAUGCUAUCAGCUAUGGGACCAAGAACAAUGACGAGCUUGUUCAGAAGAACUUCACCUUGGCUGUGGAGGAAUGCCAGGUCCAGAACACAGCAAGAGAGUACAUCAAAGCUUACACUUCUGCUGCUCAGUCCACUGAAGCCUUCGGAGACAUCCCAGAGAUAAUUCCCAUCUACCUGAUUCACCGUCCAUCGAAUGACAUCCCCUACGCCACACUGGAAGAGGAGCUAAUCGGGAACUUUGUUAAAUAUUCAGUCAAGGAUGGCAAAGAGAUCAACCUGAUGAGGCGUGAUUCAGAGGCAGGACAGAAAUGCUGUGCUUUCCAGCAUUGGGUUUACCAAAAAACCGACGGCAACCUGCUGGUUACUGACAUGCAAGGAGUUGGCAUGAAGCUUACUGAUGUGGGAAUAGCCACCUGUAAGAAAGGAUACAAGGGAUUCAAAGGAAACUGUGGCACCUCCUUCAUAGACCAGUUUAAGGCCUUGCAUCAGUGUAAUGUGUACUGUGAGAUGCUAGGUCUCAAAUCCCUGCAGCCCAAAGCCAAAAAGCCAGCGUCUGCUCCAAAACCCAAACCCCAGAGCUCCACUCCACCCAAGAAGAAAACAUUUGGGCCAGUAGUUAAGGGGAAGUCAUAACAGGAGGAGAAUACUGGACUAAGGAUUUGAUUAUGAAUUGAAUCUGUUACCUUUUCUUUUUUUAGUGAUUCGCGUGAUUCACGUUGGACUGAAUACUGCAGAGUUUGGUGGACAGUUUCUAUAAACUUUUUAGAUUUUAGGAGAUCUUUUAAAGGUAACAAAUGUAGCACAAGCUGGGGCUGACGAGACUGUUGAUGAACUGAUGAGCGAGGAACGAUUUCUUCUUGUUUUUCUACUCCUGGGAUAUUUUCAAACUAUUAGUUCAUUAAAUUAAUGGACUUUUUAUUGAUUGAUUAGAGGAAAUGUCUUUAAGUUAGGUUGUAUGAAUGGGUGUGGGUUUGUUUUGUGCGUGUGUUCGCUUUGCAAACUGGCAAAUAAUUGAUGAACAUGUAUCCAGUUUAAUGUUACAUUAUAUUUGUUCAUGUAACUGAUUUAGAAUGACAUCAUGAUCCUACUCUGGACACAAAACAAAGACAUUUUUACCCAUAAAGUUGAUGUAUCACUUGAAUGUAUGUAGAAGUGUGAGCCGUUGUGAGCAUCUCUCAGCAUUUCUAAGUUCGGCUUUAGUGGUGUAAAAGUCCUCCAGCUACCCACAUUCAGUGCAUGUAUAGGGAAAGGCACGUAGAGUGAACCCUAUAAUACCACAUUCAUCUGACAUCGAGAGGCUUUACGACCCCAGGAAUAUUCCAGCUAUUCAGCUGCAGUCUAAAACAGUCUUUAUACAUUAUGCCUCUGACCACUCCUCACGUCUACCUUUCAGACCCUGACCCACAUUGCUGGCAUGGCACGCAGGUCGCAAAUGUUUAAUUUCUUUCACAUAUGCGUGGUAGGACAGGUGAAAGAUGUUGAGUCAACAUUACUAGAAGGAAUACAAAUUCCUGCGUGUGUUUGUUCACCGCUUGGUCUUGAAGGCAUCCGUGAAAUGUGAACAUCUGUCAGCAACAGAUCAAAAGCACUUUAUUUAUGGUAAACAGAGACAAAUGUGCAAUAAGCUUUACAUUUACAAAGCUGGCAUCAGUAGUAGUAAACCAAGGUCUGUUUUAAGGUCUCCAGCAGCAAAUUAGCACCUUGAAUCCAAAAAGAAAGUGGGUCACACUCAGAGGCUCAGCAUCACAUAUGAUGCAUAAACACACCAAAUGUCUAUUUCCAUCUCCUGCUCUGGUGUAGUGUGCACAGAGUCAUUGGCACAGCUGAUAUACAGUCUUGCUUUACAGUUUGUACAACAGAUUUAAUAAGAGGAUUAAAAUUUAGAAAAAGAAAAAAA